ACUCGUCCGGUUUUAAAAUGAUUGAUUAAAAGAGGAGUAGAAAAAUAAUUGAGAAAAAAAAAAAACACAGAAACUAUCUUUCCCGUGAAAGGUUAUGAGAUAAAUAAACCGGAUAAGGCAGGUGUGUAAACCGGAUUCAGAUCUUGAGUUCUGAACAGAAGAGAAAGAAAAAGAAACAAAAUAACCUGAAAAAUUACAUACGAAACAAAGCUACGACGAAGAAGAUGAAUCGCUCAUUUUUUCUGUUUUCGAUUUUAUUUCUCUUCGCUGUGAGCUCAAUUAUAACGAAUAUAGAAGCUGAAGUCAUAACCCUAACUCCUGACACCUUUUCUGACAAGGUGAAGGAAAAAGACACUGCAUGGUUUGUGAAAUUUUGUGUUCCUUGGUGUAAGCAUUGUAAGAACUUGGGCUCACUGUGGGAAGACUUAGGGAAAGCGAUGGAAGGGGAAGAUGAGAUAGAGGUUGGAGAAGUUGAUUGUGGUACAAGCAAACCUGUAUGCUCAAAGGUUGAUAUUCACUCAUAUCCUACGUUUAAGCUCUUCUAUGAUGGAGAAGAAGUUGCAAAAUAUCAAGACCUUAGUAUAUUGUGGAGUUGGGGGUAAAUGGAUUGUAACGACACGUUCUCUUAAGAGGAGGGCUAAACUCAUGCAUAGCACUCAACUAGGAAGGAGAUUUCGUUCCAUUCUUCAUUACUUUUUCUUUUCCUGUUAUUACAAUAAUCAACAAACUCAUUUGAAACUGAAUUUAGAAAAAGAAAAAAAAAGAAAAAGAAAUUCGUUACAUUUCUUUUUGAGGAUUAGAAUUUGAUAACCAUACUGCUCUCUUGCAUUUGAAAUUUACUUUGCUCAGUGUAUCAACAUUUUAUAGCAAGCUUACCAUCUGAAGGGUUACUGAAGUUUGUCUUGGUGUGGUACCAAAAUGAAUAGGGCCACGGGAUGUCGAAUCUUUGAAAUCAUUUGUAUUGGAGGAAGCAGAAAAGGCAGCAGCAAAAGCACAGCUCGACAA